AUGAAUGUCGCUUGUAAUCGCCAUGAUGACAAUCUUCCUAUCCUGUUCAUUGACUUUAACCAAGAUUACACAUCUAUCCAAGUUGGAACGAAGACAGGUUAUAGCCUUCUUUCAACCGUCGGCGAUCAGGUGACUGAGACCUUUUCUUCAACCGGUGAUCCAAUGUGUAUUGUUGGCAGAUUAUUCAAUCGCAGUUUAGUUACUCUUGUCUCACAGAAUGAUAUGCGCCGACUGCUUGUAGCACAUUCCAGAAUAAAUACACUAAUUUGUCAUUAUCGUUAUACUUUAACCAUCUUGGCAGUUAAAAUGAAUCAUCAGCGUCUUGUAGUCUGUGUAGAAGAUGGUAUAUUUAUUCAUAAUAUGCGUGAUAUGCAGUUGUUGCACAAAGUUGAAGAGACUCCACCAAAUCGUAAUGGUGUUAUCGCUUUAUCAGCCAAUGAGAAUAAUUGUUAUCUAGCCUAUCCAGGUUCACAUCGUGUUGGCACUGUAUUCAUAUUUGAUGCGUUAAGUUUUCAGAACGUCACAUCUAUUGCUGCACAUGACGGUUUACUGGCUUGUCUUACAUUUAAUGCUAGAGCUAAUCUAUUGGCUACUGCUUCAGAAAAGGGUACUGUGAUUCGUGUAUUUUCUAUUCCACAAGGCGAAAAAGUGAUUGAAUUUCGUCGUGGACUUACUCGCUGUGUAUCUAUAUGCUGCUUAUCAUUCAGUAUGAAUAGUCAAUAUCUUGUUGCGGCUAGUCAUACAGAGACUGUUCAUGUCUUCAAGCUGGAAAGUCGUUCGUCUGAAAAAUCCCCUGAUAUAUCCACUGAUCAUUACACAAGACAACGUACAAUCUCUACAGGUUCAGGAGCUAGUCAAGGCACAGGAUGUGGAGGUGGUGGUGUCGAUGACUGUGAUCUACCCCAAUCUGAUGAUAAUAUCACAGGGAAUUAUUCCGGUUGUAUAGAGCAUCAUAACACCUCAGGUUUAGAUGGUGGUAGCGGUGGUACAGCAGGCGGUGCUGGUGGAGCAGCAGCUACAAUGGCUAGUUGGAGUCAAGGUUUAAUGGGUUGGAUGGGUAGUACACUGAAAACGUAUUCUGUUUACUUACCGCAUCAAGUAUCAGAGAUAUUUGCACAGGAUCGUGCAUUCGCUUAUGCACGUAUACCAUGUGCAUCAGGGAAUAGUUCGUAUCGACCGACAACAGGAGCAGUAGGUGGUGCCGGUGCUGGGGGUGGUAGUCCAGUGUCGAUGACGUCAGCAGGGGAAAUGGUCAAUACUAAUUAUGUUGUCAGUCCUACAUCUACUGGUCUUAUUCAACCGUCUCCUGGACAGCGGAAGGUAGCUGCACUCGUUUAUUAUCAAAAUCAACCGAGGCUAAUUGUCGCUGGUUUAGAUGGUCUUGUUCAUAUAUUCUCUAUUGAUCCUAUCAAUGGCGGUGAGGCUGUGCUAAUCAGAACACAAAGACUGCUUACACCUCAUCCAUCGAAUAACCAACCAGCGACUAGUCUGUCAUCAGUAGCAAUGAAUCCUAAUUCACCGUAUGAUUCCAGUUCUCUGCCUGCAUCAAAUAUUACUCCAUCAUCUUCGGUCAGUGCAGGAGAUGGUAUUGGAUCGAAAAAUGUCAACUCCUCUAUGCGUACUGGUGGACCUCAACAACCUGGUGUCUAUGCUUUGCCAGCAUCUGCUGCCGCGAAUAUUAAUCUCCCCGGGAUGAAUGUUACAGCAACUGCUGGCAGCAAUAAAGUGAAUACAUUUGCAUCAGUUGUUGCCGGUGGUAUUAAAGAUGAAGGCAAUCAACGUAAUGUUCCGUCACCGAAUCCUAUUGUCAAUGAAUAAAUAAAUAGAAUUAGAUCACAAUCCUAAAAAAAUAUGCCGCUUACACAGACAAACAGAUCAGAUACACAUUGAUUGGGGGGGGGGACAAUUCCUAUCUACACAACGCAAUACCCCCACCCUUCGUCCCUACUCCACACACACACACACGCAGUAUUAUGAAGGCCAACAAGAAAAGCACAAAUCCAAUGAAUUUAUUCCAUUUGAUCUUCUCUUGAUCUUUUUUCUUGUUGUCUUUUGGAUCAGUUCUCAAAUGAGAAUAAUCAACUCUUCAUAUUUUUCCACAUUCUCUCUUUCUCUCUGUGUCAUUCAACCCCCCCCCCCCGAGUCCCAGCACAACUGAAUUUAUUGUGUGUAAAUUAUGAUGAGUGAUUAUUGCGUAUGAGAGGAUACGCUACACUGUGUAUUUUUUCAGCUUCUCAUUCCCAUUCAUAAUGUGUGUGUGCUCACUGUUACUUACUUACCACUAUUAUUAUUACGUAACUGUUAUUGGUGUUGUUAUUGUCGCGCCAUUGACACACACGCACGAUUAUGGUGACUUUGAGCACGUCUCAUUCACUAAUUAAUUUGUCACUACUGGUAUUUCUCUAGAUUUCAUGUUUGCUGUUUCUAUUUUCUGUGGAAUAAUGCUUGUGAUCAUCUGCUUUCAUUGUGUAUUUUGGGUGAGGCGCGAACAGGAAAGGCAAUAAAGCGGUUGCUCUUCAGAGGAGAGGGUGCUGUUGUCGGUUGGUGUUCCUCUGUGUGUGUAUGUCUGUGUGAGUGUGUUUGUGCUUUAGCCACCCACCCACACCCUCUCCGCCUACUACUACGAAACUCUUUGUAUCACCACGCUGACAUCAUACUUGAUCAUGUUUGAUUGUCUCUGCGCGUGUGUGUGUGUUUCUCUGUGCCCUUGGUGUGGUGCUUGUUAUAAUUUAAUUAUUAUUUAAUUAUUUUGUUGUUAAAAUUCCUUUUUCUUUUUGAAUAUUUCUCUCUCUCUCUUUUGAUGCGAUAUCUUUGUACAAAUAUUUAUAUACUACUAUUAUUACUUUUCAGUAGUAUCAUUAUUUUUUACACCAAAAAGUCAACCAAUUACUUAACUUUUGAUGAUUCAAUAAUUUCAAGUGGUUUAAAAAAAUGGAUUUUUCUUUUUCUUUUACUAAAUAAUAUUGCUAUUAUUGUAAUAUUGUAAUAUUAUUCCCAUUCACUAACUUACUUACUCACUCACUCAUUUGGCUAAUCAAUCAUGUGUUCUUUCUUUUUUAUAUGAACUGCGAUUCACAUGCAUUAUCCUGUGUUAAUAAACCAUUGAUUCAACUCAA